AAGAAAAGAGAGAAAGAGAGAGAAAUCACUCUCCCAAAGAUGAAAGUUCAUGGCAUAGCUGCUCAUAAACUCAGACAUGGGUUGGAGCUUAUACAUCGUUCUGCUACUGGGCUUCAAGUCCCGGUUGCUGCCACCAUACUGGGGAUAGCCGGAUUGGCCUUCGCCAUUAAAGAUUUCAAAUUCUUGAACCUCCCCAGUUUUCAAUGGCCGUCCAUCUCCAAUACCGAUGAGCCGUUGCUACUACCAGGAUUGCAAAAUCUGGGAAACAAUUGUUUCUUGAAUGUAAUACUCCAGAUACAAUGAAAUCGUAAAUUACAAUCAUAAAGUGGAAGGAGUUUUGCUUCAAAAGCUACUCGAAUUGGGUGCUACUGGACCGAUGGAGAAAGCUUAGAUUGCUUCUGUUUUGCGACUAGAGCCCUGCUACUCCCGCAUAUAGGCCUUGGCUAGCUGUAAGAGUUUCCAGAAGUUUCUGGAGGGAGUGGUGGCGGAAUUCAGGGGAUCAUCCAUGGAUGGUAGUGCGGAGAGCUCGUCUCUUGCAGAUGCUUUGUUUAAGCUAUUGGAAGAACUCUGCACACUUCAACAUGGAAGAACUGUGUUAAGUCCGCAAGAAUUAAUGCACGCCAUGAAUGAUUAUAUUCCAGAUUUCAACUUGACAAGCCAACAGGAUGCAGAAGAAGCACUAUCCCAUCUCUUAUCUUCUUUACGGGAAGAGUUGUCAGAUUCUUAUGUCCCCGGAUGCAGCUCGUUCGCAGAUGUGACAGCUCUUCCUGAUUAUAGGGUUCUGGGUUUGAAGAAGUCCAGACAAAGUGAAAGAGAAAGAUGGAGACAAUUUUUUAUCGGGCCUUUUAAUGGAAUUCUUUGUAGCAGCUUAACGUGCCAAAGCUGUUCGUUUCAGAUUUCAUUGGAUUUUCAGCUGUUUCAAACUUUACACCUCUUACCGGUUGCCAACAGUGAUGGGAAUAUUGUGGGGCGAUGCUCUGUGGUGGAUUGUUUAGAACGGUUCUUAGUUGCAGAGCAACUUGAAAAUUACUGCUGUUUUCGCUGUUGGCAUAUUGCUGCAAUAAAGUAUGCAUCUAAAAUGUGUGAAGAUCAGAUUGUUAUCGAAAAGCUAAAGCUCUGUCACGAGUUAGAUUCAUGUAAUUGCAAAAAUAUGUCUUGCCUUAGAGAAAUGCCAUGUCCAAAUCGAUUCUGGCGAACUUUCAAGCAAUAUAGUGUUGCCCACAGCCCACAGAUCUUGUGCAUCCAUCUCCAACGCGCCUCGGUUAAUGCCUUUGGAGAAAUAGUCAAACUUCAGGGCCACAUAUCUUUUCCCUUGGUCCUGGAUAUGGCUCCAUUCACAAAGACUCAAGUGGGAACAAAAACCCGCGGCGAAGGAGGAAAACAGAUUUGCCCGGCGAAACAACAAAGUGCCCAACAACAUUUUCCUCUUCCCAAUGCCUCAAACCUGCAACAUGUUAAAGAUAUGCCAAAUGGCAUCGUGCGAAAACCAGAAACACUCUCUUCAUAUGCCAAAGAUGGUGGCGAAUCUGGUGAAGAGGAGAAACAUAUUUACAGCCUGGUUUCAGUGGUGGAGCACUUUGGGAGAGUUGGAAGCGGUCAUUACAUUGUUUAUAGAAGAGUAGCGCCAAGCAUUAGCCGCGACAAUCACACCGGAUCUUCCCAGGAGCAGUGGUAUUGCAUCUCUGACUCUCAAGUGGAUGUUGUGUCUGAGAAAGAGGUUCUUGAUGCUGAAGCUAGCUUGUUGUUCUAUGAAAAAGUAUAUGCACUCUGAAACUUAUUUUUAUUUAUUUUUUUGUUUUCUUACAAAAGUAAAUUGGAUAUUUGUUUCAAUGUCUCUUCAAAAUUGUUUUUAUUUUCCAACCAGUUAGCCUCAACAUUUUUUUUAAUUAUUAUACGUGAAUAUUUUAAAUAAGGAAGUUUAGCAAUUGAAUUAAAUUUAUGCGCAAUUU